AUGGCGGAUGUUAGCACGUCGAGGGCUAUCGAGGACGAAGAUGAGGACUUUAACGAGGAUGAAAGCUUGUCUGAGCGACUUGUUGGUCUUACAGAAAUGUUUCCUGAGAGUGUUCGUAGAGCCUGCUCUACCACAGGCAGCUUGGUAAGCACAGCAACAAAAACAGGCUUCUGGCUUGUGAAAAAUAUAUUGUGGAUUGCUAGUUCCUCAGCGGUCAUCUUGAUUCUGCCUGUAGUAUUUGAAUCAGAACGUUCUCAGCAACAUGAGGAGCAUCUACAGCAGCAAAGACAGAUCUUGUUGGGACCAAAUGCAGCAGUGUCUGGUGGCAAUGCUGGAAGCCUCCUGCCAGGAAUGAACAUGGUACCUCCUCCUCCAAUGUCACAGCGGCCUAGUUAG